ACUUUCCGGCAGAAAUUCUCUAAAAAAGUGCCGUAAACCUACGUUAAUUGUGCUCUAUCUUGCACCAAAGAUAGAAAGGAUCAUCGAUUACGCGUGGUAGCUUGUUUUGGGCCUGUUUAUUUACACCGCAUAAUGGGUAGACCAGGAUUCUCCCCGCGUGGUGGUGGCGGACGAGGUGGAGGUGGUGACCGAGGCGGUCGUGGAGGCUUCGGUGGCCGUGGUGGUGGUGGCGGACGCGGAGGUGGUGGUGGUCGCGGAGGAUUCGGUGCCCGUGGAGGUGGUGGUGGUUUCGGAGGUCGAGGUGGUGGCCGUGGAGGAGGACGCGGUGGACCAGGAGGUCGUGGUGGCCGAGGAGGCCGUGGAGGUGGAGGACGCGGAGGAGGCAAGAUGGGAGGCUUCAAGGGAGGCAAAACCGUCGUCAUUGAGCCGCAUCGUCAUGAGGGCAUUUUCAUCGCCCGCGGAAAGGAAGAUGCGCUGGUUACGCUGAAUUUGGUUCCGGGUUCUGAGGUCUACGGUGAAAAGCGCAUCUCAGUUGAGAACGAAGGCGACAAGAAGGAGUACCGAGUGUGGAAUCCCUUCCGAUCAAAGCUGGCUGCCGCCGUGUUGGGUGGUGUUGACAAAAUCCACAUGCCACCAGGCUCGAAGGUCCUGUAUCUGGGUGCUGCCUCCGGAACGACCGUAUCACACGUUUCGGACGUCGUCGGACCGGAAGGACUGGUGUACGCGGUGGAAUUCUCGCAUCGAUCUGGCCGCGAUCUGUUGAAUGUUGCAAAGAAACGUACGAACAUUAUUCCCAUUAUCGAAGACGCUCGUCAUCCACACAAGUACCGCAUGCUCGUCGGUAUGGUAGACACGGUUUUCGCGGACGUGGCACAGCCGGAUCAGGCGCGUAUCGUCGCCCUGAAUGCUCACAAUUUCCUCAAGAACGGAGGACAUUUCGUUAUUUCAAUUAAGGCGUCCUGCAUCGACUCAACGGCCGUACCGGAGGCGGUAUUCGCAGCUGAGGUGAAAAAACUGCAAUCGGAGAAGCUAAAACCACAAGAACAGAUUACCCUCGAGCCCUACGAAAGAGACCACGCCGUGGUCGUUGGCGUGUACCGGGCGUUACCCAAGACCGCAGCGUAACAAUCCGGGUUUAAGGGAUUUUAGGUUUAAGUUUCAAUUUUCUCCUAUAUUUUGCCUU